AAAUUAUAUUCCCGACAGCCAGUGUCCAGAACAAUUGCGAUCCUGGAUGAGCCCUAAUUUAUGGACAAGCCCGGUUGUGGUUUACUUGGAGAAUGAAUCAGCAACCUCAGGAUUUGAAACACCAUCAGUCAAGCUGAAACUGGCCACAGAGGAACCCACCAAGUUAAUCAGCAUUCUUUGCAGUGGGAGUCCUUUUCAGGAAAAAAUUCAGCCAGAUUGGCUGUUGGUCCUCCAUUUCCACGUGUGCUGGUAAAUAUACAUCUUGGGCUGGAGGCCUUCUUUGGAGAGAGCCAGAAUUUAUUCCCUGUGCAAUGUUCUUAACCAGAGCCAAGUCAUGGCUCCCGAGACUGUCCUGGUGGAGAGGAAAGCAGACCUUCAACCAGGAGGAGGAUUUGAAGGAAAAACCUGAGGUACUGGUGGAAUGCACAGGGCCUCCCAAGGCAAGAUGGUGGAGUGGCCGCCGGCUUCUGGAAAUGAUUGGAUGGGGCCAAAGCUCGGCUGCUGGAGAGCACUCCCUGUUGGCUGGAAUACCUCAACAUGUUGCUCCUCACAAGCCAUCAGUGGAGUCUCCAGAGCACUUCCAGAUUUGCUUCAACUUCACUCGACACCUCUUUGAUUUGUGCGUAGUGACUCUGCUCUGCGCAUCCUCUCCGGCUUUCCGGUUGGUUAUGGAUAUCCUGGGAUUUGGAGGACCCUUGAAGGUUUGGCUCCAUGGGUUUGCCUGUUUCUUGGUCAGCACCUAUGGGAUGUACUUGGUUCUUUGGUUGGUCCAGGAGUAUCUGGUGCAAUUUGCCUGUCUUUAUGGAUUUCUGCAGACCCUGGUUUUGUGGGUCAGCAUCCGUGCUGGACCGUCGGAGUCUCAAGAAGACGAACAGGCUGCUGGGCUCAAUACAGAUCGAGAAGAAGAAGAGUCAGCAGCUGAUGGAUAUCCAACGCUUGAUGCAGGAGUGAUUAUUCAGCCAUAUAUAUUGGACUAGCAAAUGUAGCUGAGUACCCCAUUUUCAUAUUCUUGAUUGGUUCCCCAGAUUAAGGAAAUGCAUCAAAAUGAAUCUGCAGCUUUGUUAUCCUUAAAUUAGGCUUGUUUAACAACUGAAGGUAUGUAUGGUAUAGGAUCUGGUUUUUCCAGAUGCUGGAAGAGAUUCAGCCCUGGGCAAGAUUCUGUAUGUGCAAUUGUGCAGGAAUACAAAUUAAAAAUAAAUAAAUUGUAUGGUUAUUCACAGCUGUGAAAAAUGUAGGUGCACAAUAGCUAAUAAUGCAAAAAGCCUACAGAUUUCAUACCUUCACGUUCUUGCCAAAUCCUUUGGUGCCAACAGAGAUUAAAAAGGUUAAGCUGGAAAGUGGACUUUUUAUUGAGCGAAUGAGGAAGAUAUCAAAGUACUAGAAUGAAAUGCGAUCAUAGAUGAGCCCUCCAGUUCCCACACAGGCCAGUGAGAAAUGGAUAAAUUCUCUUACUGAUUUCAGUUGGACAUUCGCAUGACUAUCUUUGCCUGAACCCAACCCAUGAAUUCCUGCCUAUCUGCCCUGCCACGCAGUUAUUCCAGGCAUUUUAUGCUUCACAAUCUUAAUUGGGCUAUAUUGCUUUUAAGAUCAGCUUUGAAGAUAAGGUUAUCAGCGAAGUGGCAG